AUGGUUGUUGUAAUAAUCGUUAACCUCGUUAAACAAACCCGACAAAUAGCACGCGUCGAUGUAGAACGACACGUCCCUACCCAAAUUGUUGACGAACGUCGCCACGUCAGCGUCCGUGCCCAUAUAGUUCUCGAUUAUGUUCCGGUCGCACAAAUGCUCCACGUCCCGUGCCGUGUUCACCAAGCAAUCCAAAAAAGUCGCGUAAGUGGUCACGUGCUUCGAGCAGUGCUUGUGGCACUGCUCGAACGUGCACAUGAAGUCGUCGAUCGUGAUCGUGGGCAUCUCGAUUACGCCGCCGCGCUUGAAUUUUACGGCAAGGAAGCUAUCGUGUUUCGGGCCGGGCCGGAGCUUAAUCCCGGCCCGAACAAGCUUGGAGAUGCAGGGGAUGACAUGGGUGUUCGUGUAGCGGCUAUGCUCGGGCUCGUCGUAGCCUUCGGGCCUCUGCAGGGCAUUAUUGAAGAACCUGAGCACGAGCUCUGGCAGGCCCGGAUCCGACCCGACCCCCUUCUCCCGGGUCGCCUCCACCAAACACUCGAGCACGAAAAACGGGAUCUGAUUCUCGAGCCGCACCAAAUCCCUCAGGAAAAACGGGUAAACCCACGAAAGCGACUCCCGGGCCUGGGCCUCCAGCGGCUGAACGGCCCGAAGAAGGUCCUCGAGCCCGACACGGGCCCGGUCCAGCAGGGCCCCGAGGAGCCGCCACUUGUGCUCUUGGAUCAUGCGGAGGCCCGGGUCUCCGUGGUGGUAGGGCCCGACGGAGACGAUUUGGGGCCGGUAGGCCCGGCCGUCGUUGGCCGCGGCGAGGGUGGUGGGGACGGUGAAGAUGGAGCACGAGCUCCGGCCGGCGGAUCGGGUCAGGAUGCGGGGCGGGUCGGAGAUCCGUCGGAAAGGUGGAAAAUUUUUCUCCACCGACGGAAUGAAGAUGAGACGAGAGUAUUUAAUCCAAUGUUUUCUAACUUGGGUGGUCUUGGGAUUAUCAGUUUAAUUGUCGAGUCAUUA